CGUUGCUCUCCAAGAUGGCGGCUUCCAGAGCGCCGCUUCGCACAUCUCCGCGGCCGAAAGUGACUUACGCUCGUCUCCGUGCCGUUUAAAAAGAAAAUCGCCGAGGCUGACUGAAAGCAGGAGGGGUUGAGCUGCGAAAACACGACAGCUUUAUUUUAUUUAUUUGUUUUGUUAAAAACACCCAGCUCCUCACGCCAGUCUUUGUGGUUUCGUGGUCCGAGGAGCCCCCGGGCGGGUGUCUCUAUCCGAGUAUGGCCACCGACAACAGGAUCAAUUUCUGGAAGAGGAACGCUAAGGUUCCCGGAAGCGUGCAGCCGGUUUAUGGAGCGCAGCAUCCACCUCUCGAUCCCUGUUUGCGGCGGACGUAUCCAAAAGACACAAAACCAAAGCUCAACAAUGUUAAAUCUAAAAAGGCCUGCAGUUUCCAUGAGUUUGCCAGCAGCACCAACGAUGCUUGGGACAUCGAUGAUGAUGAGGAGGACGAAGAUUUCCGUAGGGCUCCCUUCCCAGCUUCCUUUGCUCCAUCGGGCCAGGACUCUGUGCAGAACCAGUGGCUGCAGCAUCAGCCGAGCGACACAGGAAGUGCACCGCACAGUCCAAAACCACCCAAAUCAGAGGCUCAGAACCUCCAGGAAGACGACGGCACGGAGUGUGAGCAGGUCAACGGCAAAGUUGUGAAGUCUAACAGUGAGGCAGACCUCAAGACAUCCCCAGUUUGCUUCCCGCUGCAGAAGCAGCAGUCUCUUCCGGUUCGACCCGUCAUCCCUCUGGUGGCCCGGAUCUCUGACCAGAACGCUUCGGGGGCUCCCCCCAUGACGGUGCGGGAGAAAAGCCGCCUGGAUAAAUUCAAGCAGCUGCUGGCCGGUCCAAACACUGAGCUAGAAGAACUCCGGAAACACAGCUGGUCGGGAAUACCGAGAGAAGUCCGUCCCAUCACCUGGAGGCUCCUUUCUGGCUACCUGCCAGCCAACAAGGAGCGCAGAGAGCUGGUGCUGAAAAGAAAACGUGAGGAGUAUUUUGGGUUUAUAGAGCAGUAUUACCACUCCAUCACUGAUGAGCACCACAAAGACACGUACAGACAGAUCCACAUCGACAUUCCCAGAACCAACCCUCUCAUCCCGCUGUUCCAGCAGCCGACAGUCCAAGAGGUGUUUGAGCGGAUUCUGUUUAUCUGGGCCAUCCGUCAUCCGGCCAGCGGUUACGUCCAGGGCAUCAACGACCUUGUCACGCCCUUUUUUGUCGUGUUCUUGUCUGAGUUUGUCACGGAGGAUGUGGAGAACUUCGAGAUGGCGGCGCUGCCUCUGGAGACCCAGAGAAACAUUGAAGCCGACAGCUUCUGGUGCAUGAGCAAACUGCUGGAUGGCAUCCAGGACAACUACACCUUUGCCCAGCCGGGGAUCCAGAACAAAGUGAAGGCCUUAGAGGAGCUGGUCAGCAGGAUAGACGUGGACAUUCACAAUCAUUUUAAGAAGUACGAGGUAGAGUACCUGCAGUUUGCUUUCCGGUGGAUGAACAACCUUCUGAUGAGGGAGCUGCCUCUUCGAUGCACCAUCCGUCUGUGGGACACCUACCAGGUGGGUGUUACCUCAGCUAGCUUUCAGCUAUACAAAAACAUUAUUUUCUGCCUCCUCCUUUUGGCAGCAGCUGAAUGAACUCUGUGUUUACACUCCUGUCUCCCUCAGAGCCUCCUCAUCCUUCUGCAGAACCUUCCCACCAUCCACUGGGGGAACGAGGAGGUGGGUCUCCUCCUGGCCGAAGCCUACAGACUCAAGUACAUGUUCGCAGACGCCCCCAGCCACUAUAAGAGGUAG